AGUGCCACGAAAAGCUCACUUUGCCCUUGACGUGGGACGUGGGCUCAUUUGCAAAGAUGAACGAGAAGACGUCGCUCCUCCGCACGUCCGUGUCAGCUGAGCACCUCGCAGCGAUGGCCGACGAGGACAUCGUCCUCACCAUGCCCCAAGUGCGGUCCGCGCCAGACAUGGCGGCCAUGCAACAGAACCGCAGGACCGAAAAGGCGCUCUUCAAGACGCCGCCGCUUCGCAUGGACUACGACCAUCACGAUAUCUCCAUGUGCACAUCGCCGCUCGAGCGCUCGAUGCACGGCACGGCGCUGCAUCGGGAGCCAAGCAUGCGCGAAGAGAAGGUUACGGCCAUGUCUGUGGUCAAGUCGCUGCCGAGUGUCCUCAUCGCCGUGCUCCUGAACCUUAUGAUUUGCAUUCCGUUCGGGCUUUCGUUUUUUCCUCUCGAGUGGGACGAGAUGCCGGCGCCCCGCGCGAUCGGCAUUCAAAUGUUCCUCCUCACGACCGUGCUUUGUCAGUUCAUCUUUGCGGCGCGAAGCUCGUUUGAUUGCUCCGUGGGCAUGAUGAUGGUCGAGAAUGUUCCGUUCAUGCACACGCUGUCCAUGUCGAUUCUCAACCAAGUCGGUAUGGAUUCGCCCAAGGCGCUGCCCACCAUUCUCGUGACGUAUGCGCUUUCGACGAUCAUUGUCGGAAUUCUCUUUUACGCGUUGGGCCACUUUCGUCUCGGCUCUAUCGUAUACCUCUUCCCCAAGCACAUCAUCAUCGGCGCCAUUGGCGGCAUUGGGGCCUUCGUCGUGCAGAGCGGGAUCCAAAACGCGACCGGCGUUUCGUUCGAGUGGACGUACGUCGGUUUGGUGCGUCUCGUCCAAAACGAUAUCGUCUGGCUUUGGAUCGUAUCGGUCAUCCUCGUCUUUGCCCUCGGCGUUCUUCUCCGUUUCAACAAGUCGCCUCUCUGCUCGCCCUUCUUCUUCGUGUCCAUUCCGCCGCUCUUUUACGUUGUCCUGCUCCUCUGCGGUAUUCCAGCUGAGACGGCCCGCGCAAACGGCUGGUUCUUUGACAAGCCGCCCCAAGUGCCCUUCUACGCCCUUUGGACGUACUAUGACUUCUCGCUCGUCGAAUGGUCCGUUAUCCCCAAGCAAAUGGGCACGCUCGUGGGCCUUAGUCUCUUCUCGCUCAUGCACGUUCCGAUCAACAUUCCGUCCUUGAGUCUCACGACGGGCCUUGAAGUCGACAUCAAUGAAGAGCUCAAGGCCCACGGCAUCUCCAACACGCUUGGCGGAGCGUGCGGCAGUGUACAAAACUACCUUUGCUACUCGACGUCUGCGCUCUACUACAAGUGCGGCGGCGGCGGUCGCAUCCAGUCGUUCUUGAUCGGCGCCAUUCUGAGCAUCUUUUUCUUCACUGGCCCAAGCGCCGUGGCAUACGUGCCCCGGUGCAUGGCCGGCUGCCUCAUGAUUCACGUUGGUCUCGACUUGUGCAAGGAAGCCGUCGUCGACACGUAUCACGAGCUCGAUCUCUUCGAGUACACGAAUGUCUGGAUUAUCGCCCUCACGAUGACCUUUUGGGGCAUGAACGAAGGCCUGGCGGUGGGAGCGCUUCUCGCGUGCAUUACAUUUGUGGUACAGAGCGCGCCGGCAGGCCCCUUGCGGGGCAGUAUGUCGGCGGCGACGCUGCGUAGCACGGCGUGGCGCUCGACAGCAGACUUGGAGAUACUCGAUUGCAUGAUGCGCAACGUCCACGUCGUCCAGCUCAAGGGCCACUUGUUUUUUGGUAACAUCCACAAACUCUCCGAGUACGUGGCCAAAAUCCUCGAUGAUUCGCCGCAUCUGGAGUACCUCGUCGUGGAUUUCACACUGGUCGUCGCACUCGACUCGUCUGCUGCCGAUCGCUUGACGAAGCUCAAGCACGUCUGCGCGGCCCAUGACGUGCAUCUCGUCUUCACUGCCAUUCCUGCGGCCUACGAACGCUUCAAGACCUCGAUGGUGGCGUCUUUUGGCACGUCCAAGUCGCGCUGCCGCUUCUACGCGGCCAACGAUCUCAAUGGCGCCAUCGAGUGGUGCGAAAACAGCCUUUUGCAGCAAUACAAGAUUCUGCACACGCCCGUGUCGCUCUCGCCGCAGCCCGAGAAGCCGGCGUUCAUUUCGCGCCUGGAGGUGCUCUGCCCGCACGAGUCACCGGAUGUCAUUCUCUCGCUCCUCGGGUACUUCGAGCGUCAAGUACUCGAAGCCGGCACUUGCGUGUGGCGUCAGGGCGAUUCCUCCAACUCGUCCAUGAUCUUGGCCGAGGGUCGACUUCAGGCAAUCGUCGAAGAGGAAGCCGGCACGACGGAGGACAUUCCGGUGGGUGCGUUGAUCGGCGAGCUCUGUCUCUUGACAGGUGAGAAGCGCAAGACGUCGAUGUACGCGACGGAACCGAGUAUCGUGUACGUCUUGACGCUGCAAAAGUUUCAAGAGAUGCUCCAGAAGGACAGCUAUCUGGCGUUCCUCUUCCAGGGGAUCGCGCUGCGCUAUGUGUCGCUGCGCUUGCAGUACGUUGGCAACCGUAUCUGGGAAUCCAAGUGCAUCCCCAUCUAAUACUAAUGCACGCGCUGUCUCGUUGA